UCACCUCUUGCUUCUCCUCAAGCGAGACUCGGCGGCGAGUAUCCUGAGACAGUGACGAGAAGGACAGUGAGAUCUGAAGCACGCGGAGCGACAAGUGAGCUCACCUUCGUGAUCUCUCCGUCGUCGGUGGUGAACUGCAGGGGCGCGCACGGCUGGGGUCGGAGGCGCCUUUCACGAACACCGACCUCAUGUCCUUGCCUGCGCGCACACAAAACGGCAAGCGCACACAAAACGGCAAAAUUGACAAGAGCCUGUCAACUCUGGUGGCUGACUCACUGUAAUUCUUCGGUUGGUGGACCAUGGGCUGGGCCCAGCAUUGGCAAAAAGCAUUCUCCAGGCCAUACGGGUACUCCAGGAUGGCCUUGAGGCGAGCCGUCCCCACCUCUGUGUAGGUAUGGCCGCUGGACCCUCUGCACCGCUCGAAAGCCCUGGCGUUGGCCUCUGGUCCGCGGGCAGAUUUGAAAUCGCCACCGAUGCUGGCGUCAUUGACCAAGGCCACGAACAGCACAUUGGUGUAUGCGACUCCAGACGAGAGGGAGCAGGUGGCGACGCGCUGCUGGUGCUGGUGGAUGACUUCCACCGACCCUUUCUGUUUCUCACCUGAGGGCCGACACACACACCACACACACCACACACCACACACCACACACACACGGAUUCCAUUUCUGUGUUCUGCAUGCAUUCCGCGCAUCCUUGUGCUGACCGGCUUGGUGGACUGCAACUGGAUACUUCCUUUCCUCAUCGCCUUCCACCACCACAGCGUAGAAAGGGAAUGCGUGCCCGUCAACGACGAGCUGGGUGCCACGUGCAGUCAGCAGCCAGGGCAUGAGGAUGGCGUAGACAAUAGCUAUGACAGGCAGGCCGUCAAUCUCGUCUUUCCUCUCGACAUACUCGUCACAGACUCGUCCAACCUGAUCUAUCGGUGCCACCCCAUUGCCGUUCUCCUGCCCCACCACUGUUCUGCUAUGUGCGCCGUCCCGAGCGACGAACAGCUGA